AUGACCCUUUUGAAAAAGAAGCCCACUUUCCGAGGAGAACCGUUUGGCUGGUUGCUGUCGCUGGUGGUGGUCGUCUGUGUCCCGAACGAGGUGUUCUGCCUGCGAGAAUCCCGCCUGUCUUUUUUCUUAGAUUUGGAGUUUGAGAAACAACUAGCCACCGUUAUCUCAUCGGUGGGCAAACCCGUGAGGCUGGAAUGCGGCCUGUUAGCCACGUUAGACGACGACGAAAUUCCCCCCAACGUGUACUGGAUGAAAGACGGCGCUCCACUGGCCUUCGUGGAAAACGACGACUACCAAAUGCUGGUUUUUGGAACGGACCGCUGGAUCGUACACAGCACCCUCAGGAUUAAAAGUGUCCAGCUUUCCGACAUGGGCACCUAUCAGUGUGCGGCAGAUGUAGAAGGCCAGCAGAUUUUGUCCACGGAAGGCAGCAUCCUGCUGGAAGGUCUUGCUCACUUCUCCACCGAGCCGCAGCACAUGUCCGUGGUUGCCAACGAGAGCUUUAGCCUACACUGCGUGGCCCACGGGCCGCCAGAACCGGUCCACAUCAUCUGGUUACAAGACGGCGCUCCUCUCAACACUGUUGACGACCCAGUGGCCCUGUCGCCCUCCACGCUCAACAUCACGGGUUUGAACCGGACUAGCAGUUUCUCCUGCGAGGCCCAGAACCGUAAGGGCGUUGCUGCCUCCGGCUCCGGCACUGUCACCGUACUACCGGCCGCACCUCACCACCUGCGAGCCACCAACAUCACCCCCACCGGCCUGCGUUUGUCAUGGCAACCGGGCUUCGGCGGCGUCUACCCGGUUGUCCGCUGCACUAUUCAGGUCAAAAUUCUGGACGAAACCUUUGACGAUCUGGACAAGCUGAUCCUGAACCAGAACGUGAACGUUCCUCCAUCCGAGUACCAGUUGGAUGACUUGGAACCGUACAACCACUACGCCGCCAGAGUGGCGUGUCACAGCAGCCAGGGGCCCUCCAAAUGGACAUCCUGGAUGGAAAUGCGCACAGCAGAAGGAGUUCCUGACAACCCGCCUGGCAACGUGACGGCGGUGGCGAACGACACCGGCGUGCUUCUAUCCUGGGACGAACCACCGGGGAAGUUAAACGGGGACCUCCAUGGCUACUUGGUGGAGUUGAGUACUCCGUCAAUGAAGGAGUUUGUAGCUGAUGCCGGAUUGGACUUGGAGCUGUUAGUGAACUUGACCCUCCCGCUAACAAACGUGACCUUCAGGGUCUGUGCGUACACGGGGGCAGGGCUUGGGCCCUGGAGCCCCACGCAGACUCUCAUGCUGGUUUCUCCAGAGUCCACUCAAAUCUGCUCACAUAUUUUCUUGACAGGUCUAUCGUCUCUGCCGGCUUUUUCGUGGCACUGGUGGUACGUGGUGAUGGCCAUGACGGGCGCCGUGGCCCUUGGCGCACUCAUGGCUGUCUACGUAGCCAAACUGCGGCGCAAGGAGACGCGAUUCGGAGACGCGUUUGAGCCCAUGAUGCAGAGUGGGGAGCUGGUGGUCCGCUACCGGGCGCGACGCUCAUAUAGCCGCCGUACCACCGAGGCCACGCUGAACAGCCUAGGCAUCAGUGACGAGUUGAGGUUGAAGCUCCAAGAUGUAAUGGUGGACAGACACAAGUUGACGUUGGGGAAGACGCUCGGUGAAGGUGAAUUCGGAUCUGUGAUGGAAGGUCAGCUCACGCAAGAGGACUCUGUUCUACGUGUCGCGGUCAAGACCAUGAAAAUCGCCAUUUGCACGCGCUCCGAAAUGGAGGACUUCCUUCGUGAAGCAACCUGCAUGAAAGAGUUCGACCACGCUAACGUCAUGAGACUUCUCGGUGUGUGUCUACAAACGGUAGAAAGCGAAGGUUUCCCGUCACCCGUGGUCAUCCUUCCCUACAUGAAACACGGCGACCUCCAUACUUAUCUGCUCUACUCGCGGCUAGGAGAUUGUCCAGUCUAUUUGCCGUCGCAGAUGUUGGUGCGCUUCAUGACCGACAUCGCCCGCGGGAUGGAAUACCUCAGCAACAAGAACUUUAUCCACAGGGAUCUCGCCGCUCGCAACUGCAUGCUGAACGAGAACAUGAACGUGUGCGUGGCCGACUUCGGACUCUCCAAGAAGAUCUACAACGGCGACUACUACCGGCAGGGACGCAUCUCCAAGAUGCCGGUGAAGUGGAUCGCCAUCGAGAGUUUGGCCGACCGAGUUUACACCACCAAGAGCGACGUGUGGUCGUUCGGGGUCACCAUGUGGGAGAUCGCCACUAGAGGCCAGACGCCGUACCCCGGCGUGGAGAAUAGCGAGAUCUACGAUUAUCUAAGGCAGGGAAAUCGUCUUAAGCAGCCACCAGACUGCCUGGAUAACAUCUACGCUCUGAUGUUCUCCUGCUGGCUCCUGAGCCCCAAAGACCGCCCGUCCUUCGAGUCUCUUCGCUGCGAGCUGGAAAAAGCCUUAGACGAGCUUCCGGACCCCCAAGACCCGGAUGAGAUUCUUUACGUCAAUAUGGACGAGUCUUCCUCGGAAGCCGGCGCUGUAGGCGGCUGCGACCCCAUGGGGAGCUCCUCCCCUCUAGACCUCAAGCGCCUGGAAAUGACCACGGCCGAGGUGCACCGCCCCAACCGCUACGUCUUGUGCCCGCAGCACGAAAGCGGACGGGUGGCGGCGGACUCCGUGGAGAGUCUGGACGCGUUGGCAGUAUCGUCUGCCGAUACGCUGCCGCUGCGCUGCUCGCGAUACUCUGCACACAAUGGCGAGCGGGCAGCCACGCCUGACGUGGAGUUGCUGGAUGAACGCGAAGUCGGCCACAAGGUGCCGUGGCAGUGA